AUGACUGGGGUGGAGUCUCAGUGGGCGUUCGACGACGUUAUGUACCAUCUCUCCGAAGUUUAUGAGCCACGCGAGUCCGACGGAGCAAAUAUAUCCUCAACAAAUACCAGUAGCUUGGGGAGUGCCGGGAAUAGCUUUAUCAAUUGCACCGCGCCCAAUCCAUCCCUUGGGAUUAUAUAUUCUGGAGUAUCUCUUUCAAGUGGCAGUAAUAACAACAGUGCCAUUUGUGCCAACGCCAUCUCGUUAUCUUGUUCAUCUCCCCCUUGCAACGUCUCUGGUGAACUUGUGGAAAUCAGUAAAAAUAGUACCACUGGGUUAGGUUCUAUCGAUAAUUUAGCUGAAGCCACUGAAUGUACUGUUAGCCGACCACUUAUAGGCGAAAAGAUAGGGGAAUGUCGGCAUCAAUUGUCCGCUGAGACCAUUGUUCAACAAGUUCAGUUGUCGCCCGAGCUGCAGGCAAUUCUAGACGCCGGUACCUCUGGACUAAACCAAGGAGACUUGGUGAGCAUGGCUAAGAUUGAAUAUUUAAGUAAUGAUUGA